AACAGCUGUGUACCUAUACUUAUCCAAUAUGGCUGCAAGUAAAAAAAUGUAACGCUGUGAAAAAUUGCAACUCGAAGUGCAUUUUCCGCUCGAAAACCCAAAUAGAAAAGUGCCAGGAAUGUGAAUAAGUGCAGAGGAAGUCGAAAACUUCCGGACAAACAAGUGCGCGCUAAGAAAUUCGCAGGAAAAAGUGAAAAACCGAAAAGUCGCCGGUGCCCCGCCAAAAAAAGAAGACACCCCCGCCCCCUGAAAACAUUUCUUGAGAGAAAUAAGCAAAAAUAAAGCUACAAUGGAAGCCGACAUAACGCCCUUGGCGGAAACGAAUGGGGAGCAGCGCGAAAAUCCCCGCGAAAGUGCUGGAAAUCCCGAGCAACAGCCACAGGAGCUGGCCAAAUCCUUGGAUUCCGCCGAAGAUGGCGUCUCAGGAGCCGUGGGUCAGAUUAUAGACUACCUGGAGGAGGAUGGCGGCGCAACUGCGGAUCAGGAUCAGGAUGCGGAAAUGGGCGAGGCGGAGUACUUGGAAGGUGAGAUGCCCCAGGAGGACGAAAGCGACGGAUUAGAUGGUUCGCAGGGCGAGAAGACUAAACCAGCCGGUCACGAACCAACCAAUAAGGAGGAUUUACCCGACACUGCAGCUGAAAAAGAAGAUUUAAAGGAGAAGUCUGGAGAGGAAGAAGAAAAAGAUACUGAGCAAGAGAAGGAAGCAACGCCCUCGGGUGGAGAAGCUGGCGAAGGCAGCCCAGACAAGAUGGAAGUAGAUACACCAGCCGAAAAGGAUGGGGAGGAAGCUGACCCAGACGAUGAAAAAGAACCUGCUGGGCCAGACGAUGAAUCGGCCAUUGACGAAGGUGAAGAACCCAUCGAAGAAGAUGAAGACCCCAACGAAGAAGGUGAAGAGCCCACCGAAGAAGGAGAGGAAAUUGACCAAGAAUUCGAGACCGCCACCGAUGCCGAGGGCGAACUAAUCACCGGCGAUGAACCCGGCGAGCUGGGAGAUGUAGCUCCCGUUCGGGAGCGCAAGAAAGAGGAGCCCGUCGACGAGAACCAAUGUCGCGUCUGCACCAGCAAGGAGGAGCUAGUCGACCUGUUCAAGAAGCAAAUCGAUGCCACGCCCGCGGACAUGCUGCUGGUCAUCUGUCCUAGUGUCUCGAUUUUGCCCAAGGACUUUAUGCCGCAGUUCAUAUGCACCAAGUGCAUGGGCAGCCUCACCAUAGCCAUACAGCUGAGGAAGCAGCUAGAGACCACGGACCAAGACCUGCGCAAGCGCCUGUCUAGGAGCAAGAACAAGGUGCGAAGGCCCCGCGGCUAUGUGGUCAUCGAUGCACCCGUCACCGAUUCCAGCGAGGAUGAGGAUGAACUCGACGAUGAGUUCAAGGUAUCCGAUGUGGGCGGCACCACGAGUGCAGAUAGCGACUCCGCGGACUCCGAUGUUAGUGAGAAGAAGAAGGAGAAAAAGAAGCCCGGUCGUCCUGGACGUCCGCGUAAGAAGCCGCUAAAGAGGAGUCCGGAGAGCGAUGAAGAGCCAUCCAGCGCCCAGAAGAAGAAGUACCAGCCAUCGCCGGGGGCUGCCGUGGGUCCAUUCGAGUGCCCCAAGUGCGACUUGACCUUUUCGCGCAAACAGUCCUACGUGCUGCACCGCAAGACGCACGAGAGGAUAGAGCAUGCGUGCCCCAUCUGCGGCAAGAAGUUCAAGGUGGAGUGGGCCUACAAGACGCACAUGCAGCGGCACGAACAGGAGCGCGCCCACUUCCGCUGCGAGCUGUGCCCCAAGAUCUUCCGUCUGCGGGCCGAGUUGAAGCACCACAUGGCCCAGCGGCACGACGAGCAUGGAUUUAUUUACGAGUGCAAGCGUUGCCAGCGCACCUUCCUCACGCAGCAGCGUUUGCAGCGCCACCAGGCCGCCGGCUGCCAGCGGCACAAGGAGGAGCCGGCUCGCAUGAAGGAGGACCAGCCACGCAUCAAGCAGGAGCCGCGCAUUAAGGAGGAGCGCAUCAGCCAUGUACACGUCCAAUCGCACGGCCAGGGAAACAACAGCAACAUGGGAAAACGUCGACCCGGCGAAGGUCGGGAUCUUUUCAAGGCCGUGGCCCCACCAACCACCACCUACUGGAGCGACAGCUUCUCGGACUAGAAUCAUGGUGCGGUUGCGGACUUCUGUUUUAAUCAACGAUUUUAAGUUUCCCCUAGCUGUAGAAUGAAAUCAGUGCAAAUAAAUCACAUUUGUAAUAAAUACAAAAUAAAAUAAGUGAAAGUUGCAACUAUUUGUAAACUUCUCCAACUGAAUAAGUAAGCAAACAAUAAAAUAAAAGGUUCGAUUUAUGGCAAAUUGA